CUCUGAAUUCUGAUUAUGAAAAUUCAAAAUGUCAUUAUUACCAUUGUUGAAUACCGAAUGUACAUUUGUAGUUUAUACUGAUUAAGGAAUAUUGAAUAGUGUUGUCUAAGUCUAAUCGUUGUGUUGUAGUUAUUAGUAAAUAGUAAUGCAUUGUGCCUUCUUUACCGCCCACCAUCUUUAUAGCACCUAGGUCAACUUGUAUAAUAUCGCGACAAAGACUACAGAGUGUUGAAAUUGUUCGUCUGAGUGAGCAGUUUGUUAAACGUUUCUAUUGCAUAAAGUGUGACUACAGUUCAAUCUCAAAAUAAUAUUUAUUAAUUUUGCCAUUCAUUGAUCUAAAAUGCCACGUACCAAGAGAAGAACCGUCAAGCGUUCAUCUGCCGACAUGAACAUGACUGCUGUGAAUGCAACGAUGGCCAACCAAUCGAAAAAUAUGAAAGAAAUUUUGACUGAAUUUGAUUGUGAAAAACAAAAUAUUGAAGAUUAUUUUUACGAUAUUUUUGAUACUCAAAGAAAUUUAAUCGAAAAUUCAUUUUUAAUGACCAAAAUGAAUUUGGGUGACAUACUCAAUAAUAAUCUCUAUGACACUAUUUUUAAGCAGUAUCCAAUAAAAUCUAACAGUGACAGUGGAACUAAAAAAAAAGUAGAACGUCCUUCAAGGCCAGUUACCAAAGCUACAGUAAAUAGGACUACCAGACAAAAAAGCACAUCUAGUUCUACAUCUAAGACUAAUGGUUCUGCUACAGUAACAAAACACCGUAGUGCUACACGCAAUGGUGAUGAUAAGCCACUAUUAGCAGAAACAAUGGAAUCUAGAUUUAAAACUCCAAUUAAUCGACUACCUGUACCUGCUUCAGCAACAGUUACACCAAAAGUUAAUAUGCAUGAACCAAUAUCAAUGAUGCGACGUCCAAACCAAGGAGAGGUUGCACUUUCUAUGACUGGAAGUCCACUCAUGGUAUCAUCUGUUUCUAGGGAUGAUAUGGCUACAGUCAGUGUACCAUUAGCCAAUGGAAAUAUUCUAUCGAUAUUACCUAGAGCUGGUGCUACUAUGGACAUAUCAUUUGAUGAACAAACUAAAAAUGAGUUACUUCUUCUCAAAGGAAACAUUGAAGGGCUGUUGAAAAUGAAUAGAAGAGGUUUGUGAGUACAUAACAUAGUAAGAAUAUAUAUUAUAUUGGAAAAAACAUAGAGGAUGAAAACAUACAAUGUAGUUAUUACUAUAAUAAUUACAAUUUUUAAUAUUAAUAUUAGUAAAUGUUUUUAAUAUUAAUGUAAGUUUAAUUAUUAAUAUAUUAAUUUUCUCUACUCAAAUAAAAAAAAAAAAAAUGAUGUUUACUAACAAUAUGUUAAAUAUGAAAAACAAAUUCACCACAAAUGAAGUGAAAAGUGAAGAUACAUUUUAAAUCUUGUAAUAUUAUUACUAACACACUUUCAUAUUUUCUGUACUGUGUAUUUUUUAUGUUAAAUCUUAUUCUUGUGUUUUAAUUUUUUUUUUUUUAUGCAAAGGUAUUUUUGAUUAUAUACACUUGCAAAGUUAUAUAAAAAUAUUUUUUUUAGGUUGAGUUAGCUCAUUGUAGUAGUAGUUUUAGGUAAGAAUUGUAUUAAUUAAAAAAAUGUAGUUUGAAAAGGACUUUGUAAAUUUUUUUUAUGUAAUAUAUAAUGAAAUUAUAAUACAAUAUAAAGAAAUGAGGAAGAUGUUUUAAAUUUUAA